UGCAUGCGCAGAUUCUCGGUGUAUCUAAACUGCGCGUACCUGGCGAAGCAGCAACAGUCGUUGAUAAGCAGCUUUGCUUUUCGAUAAGCGACAUACCGCCCAGUGCGUCACUUAGUUAUUUUUAUAGCAAGAAUUCGCUUUGGUGCAUUUUUGAUAGGUUGCACGCGUCACGAUGUAACAAGGGUGUGCAACAUUCUCGAUGGAUAAACGGUUAAUGCUUCAGACGGAGAGAAUGCGGAUAUUCCCCAUGGCAAAGCGAAUUUGACAAGGAACUGAAGGUUUGGAGUGUAGCAAUAUUUUGUAAUGCUUCCGUAAAUUCAGCAUCACAAAGCUGUUUGUCAGACGCUUACUUGCGAAGACUCAAAUGAUCGCGGAGCACUUAUAGAAAAAAAGGACCAAAAGUAGUUUAAGAGGCAAUGGGAAGCACUGUGAUGGACACCAAGAAAAAGGACUCUUCGAAGAAGAAUCCGAAGAAAAAAAGAGCACUUCGACUUAACAUGCCAGAGCUGAGUCCAUUUGCCUCUCCUUGUGUGGAUGGAGAAACAUUCAAACCUGACACAGCUGGAACACCAAAGGUGAAGAGCUCCUCUGCCAGCCCCACUAAAGGCUUCUGCAUAAGGGGCCCUUUCAUGCAGCCGUCGAGCCCUAUGUCAGCCCCUGUACACCCCAGGGACAGUCCAAGCUCAACAAAGACCACCUUCCCCUACCCCCCAGCCACCCACCAGGACUCACCCCCCAAAUCCCCCCACCGCCUCAGUUUCAGUGGUAUCUUCCGCUCCUCAUCUAACUCUGCCCCUGCCAGCAUCAGGCUCUUCUCCAGAGCCCGAAAAGCCUCUGGGCUGUCUUCUCCACCUAGCACCCCGACACAGACCCCCAGUCCGCCCGUCUUCUCCCUGGAAGCCCCCAGCAGUGCUCCAGAGUGCCCGGAGAAGAGGCGGACACGUUCGCUCUCAUCCCCGCCUGACACUGGCCAGCGCUUCAGCCUGGCCCCCGCUGGCAGAUCGCCCAUGUCCACCUCUAUGCCCACCCCCACCCUCACCUCCAACUUGGCCUCCUUCAGCUUUGCUUACCGCCCGGUAUAUGGAUUAGCUGAAGGCAUGUUGGAGAAACUUGAAAUCAGCAAUGAAUCUUCUAAGGAGCCAGACUGUGAUAUUUACAUGCGCUUUAUGAAGUCCCACAAGUGCUAUGACCUCAUUCCCACCAGUUCAAAGCUGGUGGUCUUCGAUACUACACUACAGGUAAAGAAAGCUUUCUUUGCGCUGGUUGCUAAUGGAGUAAGAGCUGCCCCACUGUGGGAGACCAAUACGCAGAGCUUUGUGGGAAUGCUGACCAUAACAGACUUCAUCAUAAUAUUACACAGAUACUACAAGUCACCUUUAGUACAAAUAUAUGAGCUGGAAGAACAUAAAAUUGAGACAUGGAGAGAACUCUGUUUACAGGAAACAUGCAGGCCCUUGGUUAACAUAUCUCCUGAUGCAAGCAUAUUUGAUGCUGUGUACUCCCUCAUCAAAAAUAAGAUUCACCGGUUACCAGUGAUUGAUCCAGUCACAGGCAACGCUCUCUACAUCCUCACACAUAAAAGGAUCCUCAAAUUUCUUCAGCUCUUUGUGUGCGAGAUGCCCAAGCCAGCCUUCAUGAGGCAGACCCUGGAGGAGUUAGGGAUUGGCACCUACUGCAACAUCGCCUUCAUCCGGCCCCACACGGCCAUCAUCAAGGCCCUGAACAUGUUCGUGGAGAGGAGGGUGUCUGCGCUUCCCGUGGUGGACGGCAUGGGAAAGGUUGUGGACAUUUACUCCAAAUUUGAUGUCAUAAACCUGGCUGCCGAGAAGACCUACAACAACCUGGACGUGACAGUGACCCAGGCACUGAAGCACCGUUCAGAGUACUUUGAGGGUGUGAUGAAAUGCAAGCGGCACGAGACCCUGGAGACUAUCGUAGACCGAAUCGUUAAAGCUGAGGUGCACAGGCUGGUGGUAGUGGACGAUAAUUCCCGCAUUGAGGGCAUCGUCUCGCUCUCAGACAUCCUCCAGGCCUUGGUCCUCACCCCCUCAGGGAGCAGGAAAGAAGUUAAGAUGGAAUGACGCAUCGAUGACCACUUCUGUCAUGUUACAGAAAUGACAAAUUAUCCAUCUGAAGUCCUAAUCAGUCCAGCUGGAGUCUUGACUUUCUCAGAAAGAUAACUGGAAGCACUAAGAUACUUUGGGCCUCUUUUUUAGGUGCCUUUUACAAUGGCUUCAUGCAACGGUCAUAACGCACAUUAUUUUUAUAUAAUUUAUAUAGUUUCUGGUGGCCCAGUGUCUGCUGCUGUACUUUAUACAUGCUCUGAUUUAUGGGCUUGUUUGCCUCGCCAUGCUGCUCUUUUGAUGCUGCAUCUGUGACAGACAUGACAGUUGCGCACUGUCGUCUUUUGUUUUUGGAUGUUAAUAUUGUCACAUAAUAAUGUUGUAUGUAUUAUGCUAAAUGGCACAAUGAUCAUACUUAGCUGCUAUGCUAAAAUCUACAAAAGGGAAAUUUGCAUCUACAUCACAGAUUUAAACGGUCGGACUUUGCCGAAUGACAGAUUGACACUUAGCCCUCAUUGGCCAGUUCCCUGUUUUGUUUUUUUUCCCUGUUGAAGAGGCUGGCAGAGCAUGGUAGUCAUUCUUGUGAACGCACCAAUCAUCCAAUGAGCAACCAAUGAAUGUGCUUUUGAAAAUGCAAAAAACAACAGCAACAAAAAAGCCAACUUGCUGAACACUGUAGUCCUUGCAAUGUCAUUGUGCACUGUUGUCAGGUGUGCCUUGUAUAUGUCCCAAGUUUUGGGUAAAGAAUGAAUGUACCAAAUCUUGGAGAACACAAGACAUUUUUAUGUUUUUAUUAUUAUUAUUAUUUUUGUUUAUUCAUUCAGAAGUGUGGAGCAGGACGGUAAUUUGUGGGCGACAGUGUUGACUGAUUUUUAUGUACUUUGGCUUUGUCAUUCUGUAGGUGUUUUUCUGGAUCGCUUUGGGGCAUGUGAUCCCCAUCCUAUGCAAAAAGGGGGGGAUGUGCGGUAAGGGGUUAGUGGCCAUCAGUACGAUGAGUACCUUUUUAUAUAUACCAUUAAUGUUCAGGUUAAAAGUUGCAAGCCUGGAGGUCUACUACAGGAAGGUUUAAUUAUGUAUCCUAAAAUGUUAAAUCAUGUUCAUUUAAAAAAAUUUUAAAUUUCUUUUUUAAAUGUCAUUAUAUUUCUUUACUGAAAGGGAAGUCUUCAAUCUGGAACAAACUGUGCACCUUUAUUAGCUGAACAAUGAUGCUAAAGUUUUCAUUAAAAAAGUUGUAUAUGUUCUGACUUAAUAUACGCACAAUGCAUUCAUAAUUGUGACUUUUUUAAUACAUCACGUAGUUUGGAGUGUAGUAAAAAUUUCUGUUAAAUGUGUUUUUUUUUUUUUCAUUAAUGGAGACUUAUUCAGAAUCAGAUCUAAGAGUUAUAAUAUGUUCAUUGUAUUAUAAUUAGUGUUCUUAUUAUGAUUAUUGUUCUUAUAAAUGUAUUUAUUUAAUACAGAUCUGAGGCCAGGCCAGUGUGCUUAAACCACUAAGACUAUGUUUUUGAUGCUAUAGGAAUAUCCACUAUGCGGCGCCAUAGCAUUUGACAUUUCUUGAUUUUCAUAGCUGCACGACUGUGCAUAGGACCUGUGUAAAUGUGAUUUGAAAUGCAGCUGGCCUGAACUGAGAGGUCAGGUCUGAGGCUCAGGAAUACAAAACAUGGGAAAACCAAACCACAACCACAACAUCAAAGCCAGCUCUCAUUUUACACAUGUCAAAGUGUCUCAAAAAGCAGAGGUGGGGGGAGCCUGGUUUCCUUGAGCAUGUUGUGUUUUAUGUAUGGAGAGCAAGAAAGGCCCUGGACUGCUGAAGCAGGAGUCGGGAUGGCUGAUUCACUCUCCUCCACGCGCCCUCUCUCACAGUUUUGUUUACAGCAUCCUGCUUUUCACAGAUUACACGGAGCUCCCAUCAGGCCUGUCUGAAGAUGUGUGCAAACAGAAUAUGAAAGGGAGAUAGGGAGGGAGGGAGAGAGAUGUGAAAUUACCUUUACAUUUAGCAGAACAAGGAGUUUGCUGGUGAGUUUUGGAUUCGGAGAACAGGAGGAGCAAAUGGAACCCUCACUGAUUUCCUACUGAGUCAGUGGGCUGUGAGAGAGUACUCUACCCUAUUUACAUGACUAUCCUCCCUGUGAAGGUGACAUUUGCUGACGUUUUUGCUAAUUACCAAAGAACAACAUCUAACACUGACAAAACAGGCCACAACAAUGUGCGACAUUAUGAUUCUUUAAUCAUGUCAUUGUUACAGAAGGAUACUGUGGUAGCUUAUUUAAGGAGUGUCAUGUGCGGACUAUGUACAAACAGCACUGCUGCUAAAUUAAAUGCACUGAACACCUUGGAAGGCUUCAGGACAGGGUAUAGCAGUAAGUAGGAGAUGCAUUUCUACACCUUUGCUCCUGGUAAUAACACUGCAAUUAAAACUACACAAUUAAGUGGAUUUUAUUUUGUCUUUUUUUUACAAAAUGAGAAACUGUUCUUUCUUGUGUGUAUGCAUGAUUUAUGCCAUGCUUUGACUUGUGUGCGAAAUGGCAAUAUUGAAUAAUGAUAACAUAAUGGUAAUUAAA